CAACUAAACUAUUUCCGGUGGAUAGAAAGCAUGGCGGUUUCCGCUUCUGUCGGGUUGUCUUCCCCGGCUUUUUGCCGCCGAGCUGUCCCUCCUUACCCCUCGGUGGCUUUGUCCGCCGAAGCCGCUCCGUUUACUCCCUUAUUGGCGGACAGGUCACAUCUCGAGGGCCUGUCCGACGCGGAGGAGCAGUUUUCCCGCUGUGCAGCGAAGCUCCGAGCCCUGCGAACCGAUUCUAACCAGCUGAGAGAGGAGCUCAACCAGCUGUUCGACCAGCUGCUGUCCGAGAAUUACAACAGAACAUUUGACCCCGUUGUCAACAUCCGGUCUGAGGAUGUGUGUGUUCUCCUCAAACAUGUCUGCACUCUGGUACCACUGAGUCAAGAACAUUUAGUUGCCAAAUUCUGCCAGCUUGUACACCAUCUCCUGAAUCAACUAAAGCUAAUUUUGGACGAGCACACUCUGGAUGUGUUGGUGAAAUAUACUUCAGUUGCUUUGAAAGAAUGCAGCACGUGGACACACUCCGAUGUCCUCCUGGCCAUCUCCACAGUCGUGUAUGGGAAUGGAUUUCAGUGCCACCAGUUUGUGAGCAACUUACUGUGUGAAGACGGAGUUCUUCUGCAGUACAGUUCUCCAUGUCAGCCGAAUAUUGAGUUACGGCGAGUUGCCCUCACUUGCAUGGCCAACAUCUGUCUUAGGAUUCCUGGUCAGCAACCUUUGGAUGAUCGGUACAGAAGUGCUUGUUUUGGGGUCUUCCUCAAAACGCUGCAUUCUCCCAAACCUCCUGACACAGACGACCUCUUUUACUGCAUGGUAAUCCAAGCUGCACUAAAGGGACUCCAGUGCUGUCUCUCUGCUGGAAAGUGGACGUUUGGAGGAGGAGACAUGCUUGGAUCUCUACUGGCUGCUCUUAAGAGGGUCAUGUUCCAGGGAGCUCCGGGUAUAAGUGUGGAGUGGCCAGCCGUGCUUUACCCAGCGCCUCUGUCCCAGUAUGAAGGUGUCCCAGUGAAAAAAACUGCUGAACCACAGAAACCUUCAGAAACGCCAAAAGAUUCCAAUGUGGCUGGAAAAGCUGCAGGAAAAAAGAAGAGGAAAUCUAAGGGGAAAGGCAAGAAGUCGAAGGCCGAGGAUGGCGUGGAUGACGGAGAGGAGAAGGAGGAGGCGGCUGCUCAUCAGAAAGGAGGAGAAGGAGGCAGAGAUGAGAGGGAGACGUCAUCUAAGCUCUCUGCUUCGUUUCUCUACCCAUCCUGGAAGCUGAACAGUUCAGACUCUGAGUAUUCUGAUGCAGAGGGAAAUGCACAAACCAAGUUAAGACUCUAUCACGGCCGCGUGCGCCAGGCUGCGCUGCACUGCAUGCUAGCAGUGGUAAAAGCUGUAGAGAAGAGGACCUUAUAUGGAUACUGGUCCUCCUUCAUCCCUGACUCCCCCACUGGGGGGCCGCCUCCUUUAACCCUCCUCACAGUUAUACUCAAGGACCCCUUGCCAAAGGUGCGGCUGUGUGCACUUCAGGUGUUGUCGGCCAUAUUGGACAGCUCCCGUCAGUUCUUGGCUGUGGCCGAGGACACAACGUCUCCUCGUACAUCUUACACCCCUUUCUCCCUCACGCUGGCUACUGCCAUCAGGGAGCUGCACCGCUCUCUGAGUCUGGCUCUUGUGGCUGAGACCUCCCCUCAAACACUCACACAGGUCAUAAAGUGUCUUGCCUUCCUGGUGUCCAACGCUCCCUAUCAUCGUCUCAGACCCGGUCUGCUCGGCCAGCUCUGGAAGCAGAUCCGUCCUUACGUGCGCCACAGAGAUGCCACUGUGCGCGUGUCGGCGUUGACGCUGUACGGGGCUUUGGUGACAACUCAGGCCCCCCUCCCGGAGGUGCAGCUUCUCCUCCAGCAGCCAGAAGAAAGUGGCUGCAGCGUCCCUGGAUCGUUCACACCACAGGACUCGUCUCUCAGCUGGAGACAAAGAAGUGGCACAGCCUCGCCUGCUCGCGCUCCCGCAGCGUCCUCCCAGCAGAGCUCGUGCACUCAGUCCCCACGCCUCCCACAAACACCUGGAGAGGGGGAGUCGUCCCCACCGUGGCUGCUGCAGCUGUGUGUGCUGCUGGUGACUCAGCCCAGGGAGAACCAAUCAGACAGUGAGGGAGCGGGAGGGGGGUCUGCGUUGGAGCCCCCUCCUGUUCGACUAGCGGCUCUGCAGGUCCUCUCAUACCUGGUGCGUGGUUACUUCUCUCUGACCCAGUCGAGCAUGGGCGACAUCGGACAGGUGAGCGCUCGCUGUCUGGGGGAGACGGACUCCUCCAUACAAUUACAUGGAGCGAAGCUUCUAGAAGAGUUUGGGACAGGAGUUAUUCUGCAGUAUAGAGCAGAGAGCAACAUUCCAGAAAGCUCAAGAAUUCCCGUGUACCAAGUGGUGCAGUUCUGGUCAGAGGUGCUGAGCGGCCCACUGAACCGAGCGCUGCAGAAUGAACAAGAUCCCGUCCUGCAGGCGAGCGCCUGCGACACCCUGGCCUCCAUCCUGCCGCAGGCCUUCGCUCAGCUUCCUGACAAAACUCAGCUGAUGUGCAUCACCAUGCUGCUCGGGCUGACUUACGUCGAGAACUAUCUGGUGAAGAUGGCAGCCGUCCGAGCUUUGGGAGUCUACGUCCUGUUCCCUUGUUUGAGAGAGGAUGUGAUGUUUGUGGCGGAUACUGCAAACAUUAUCCUCGCUGCCAUCGAGGAUCGAUCGCGAAACGUGCGCUCCAAGGCAGCGUGGUCGCUGGCAAAUCUCACAGACACGCUCAUCGUCAACAUGCAGAGUGUCGGUGUGGAUUUCCAAGAGGAGUUAUCCGACAUGCUUCUGCUCAAGAUGCUGCAGGCCGCCACUCAGGCGUCUACCGACAAAGACAAGGUCAAGUCUAAUGCGGUGCGAGUGCUCGGAAAUCUGCUCCAUUUCCUGCGUGACAGUCAGAUGACGCGGUCUGCGUUCCAGCGACCGUUGGAGGACGCGGUCCGUGCUCUGAUCAGAACGGUCCUGUCGGACGCUACGAUGAAGGUCAGAUGGAACGCGUGUUACGCGUUGGGGAACGCUUUCAGAAACCAAACUUUGCCCCUCGAUUCGGCCCCGUGGUCUCACGAUGCGUUCUCUGCCCUCUGCCACGUCGUCACUUCCUGUGAGAACUUCAAAGUCCGGAUUAAAUCUGCUGCUGCCCUCGCGGUUCCAGCUCGUCGGGACUGCUACGGAGACGCCAAACGCUUCGGAUGCAUUUGGCACUCGCUGGCGAUGGCGCUGGAGAACAGCGAGGACACAAAUGACUUCCUAGAGUAUCGCUACAGCGCCAGCCUGCGACACACACUCUCACAAGCUCUUCUGCACCUGCUGAGCGUCAGUGAGUUGCAGGACAUGCCCGUCCUCUCCACAUCGCUGGCUGGGGAAGAGGGUAGGGGCAUCAAAGUCCAUCUGCUCAAGUAUCUUAAAGAAAGCGAAGGAGGAGGAGAAAAGGAUGAAGAAGCAGAGGGAGAGCGGAACUCGUCAGGGACCGGCUGUCCCCCACAGCAGAGGAUUGCUGGUGUGCAGCAGACGCUGGUCAGACUUAAAGAGCUAAAGCCUGGAGGGGAGGGGGUGUCGGAGGAGAGAGGAAAGGAAAUGGUGAUCCUUUUUCUGGAGGAUCUUUUAAAAAUGUGUGAAGAGUUUUAGUUUUUGUUGUAAACAUGUUUCAGAUCUGAGCUUCGUUAUUAGUAAUGUGGCAGUGUGAGCGUCCUGUCACAGCGUCCCGAUUGAUCAUGCGCCCUGGCUACUUGGCCAAGGGGAUGUCCCUUUGGCUGACUGGUUGGUGCGUAUGACUCUCACCCGGGAGUCUGGGGAUCGAAUCCCGCCUGGACUCUCGUUUCUCCGCCUUUCCACAGUAAAUAAGUAAAUUUCAUUUAUAAAGCACUUAUCACAGAGAUAGAAUCACAAAGUGCUUCACAUAGAUCAAAACUAAAUAAAACAAAGUCAUAAAAUCAAAAUGCUCUCAAAACAGAAUCGAUUAACAUCAGGAAAAAAUAAAGUCUUAAAAUUAUAACAUUUCAUAAACGGAUGAAAGAUUAAAAAAUUUGAGUUAAAUAAGAACAUAAAAGGUUUAGUUAAAAGCAGCUUUAAAUAAAAGGGUCUUUAGCUGUGUUUUAAACGUGUCCAGACUCAAUGCUGCGUAAGGAUAAAGGAAGAUCAUUCCAGAGUCGGGGUGCAGCAGUCUGGAAGGAGCGAUCACCUCGACUUUUAUAUCUGGUCUUUGGAACUUCUAGAAGAUUCUGGUGUGCGGACCUGAGGGCUCGGGUUGGAGCAUAAGGCUUUUAACAGCUCAGUAAUAUAGGGAGGAGCUUGACCAUGUAGAGCAUUGGAAGUUAUAGUCAGGAUUCUAAAAUGAACUCUAAAGUUAGCAGGUAACCAGUGCAGAGACUCCAGAAUAGGAGUGAUGUGAGCUCUUCUGUUUGCUCCAGUUAAGAGCCUCGCUGCAGAGUUCUGGACCACCUGAAGACGGUCAAGGGCUUUUUGGUUAAAACAUGUGAAGAGUGUGUUACAGUAAUCUAGACGGGAGGAGAUGAAGGCAUGGAGAACCAUUUCAAGUUCAUGUUUUGACACCAACCUUCACAGUUUGGAGAUGUUCCUUAAGUGAUCAAAACGGUUUCGGACCAACGUUUUUGAGUGACCUUCAAGAAACAUUGAUUGGUAAAAAAUAACACCCAAAUUCCUUAAGGCUGUCUUGUCUUAUUAGUAACCCUAACUGAACGUAAACUGUUUUUUGUAUCAAAAUGACAACAAUCCAAACAAUCAGUGUGUUGAGACCUGGUUUGUGGCACUGCUACAUAAAGUGGAGACUGAACACAAGUGGGAAUUAGGAUUUAUAUAAUCAGAGGACCACGCAGGCAAAGGCCUCAGUGAAUCACUGAUCGGUGUUCGAGCAGGACAUAACCACACGCUGCAAUUAAGGGCUGUAUACAGCCAGGCCAAUGAGACACAGAGGGGUAUACAAAUUAGAAGACCCCAAAAACAGGAAUGGCUUUGCAGUUUGAGGUCACACUACACUAUGCUGGUAUUUGCCAGAACAUCCAACAUUUUUCACUAAUUCACUCGAAACUCACAACAGACGUGAAAGCUAUGCAGCACUGUUCAGCAUGCCUAAUUUGGUACUGGGUCUUUGUUAGUGUGGGUAGGCUUAUUUAUGGAGUGGGACACAGACCUAUAUGUGAUAGACAAUGGCCUGCUGUCAUCAAUUAGGUAUGCAGACAGGCAGUUCCUGGAGGAUGAAAGAAUUAAUACAUUUAACUGGUCUCUAUGUUCGCCUUUCCAGUAGCGCAUCCUUGGAACAUCAUGAUUAGGUCCUUUCAGCACCACCAGAUUGUUUAAACAUGCACUGCUCAAGACAACCAUAAACUGAGCAAGAGUCCCUUCCAAACAUGGACGAGCUCACUGAGGCUGUCAUCUUAAUAGACUUGGUCUGGGUUUAACAAAAAUUAAAAUGGCAUUAAAAUGAAACAAAAGCUGCAUUGGGUUUUAAAGCCAUUGUGCCUUGAUCAUCAGUAUGUGUGUGUACAUUAGACUUAAACCUGUAAAAUGCUUAUAUGGUAAGCAUUUUUUGUAUUCAGUCGUGUUGUAACAAUGUUUACCAAUAAAUCAUAUUGUUGGAAAGCUUGA